AUGGCGGAUAAUACAGGAAAACCCUGGGCCUCCAGGUCUCAGGACAAUUUAAUACCUGAACCCGAGUCCUCGUCGUUUUCCCCUAUUAUCGAAACAGACGAGGAUGCAUCCCCUGGAGCCUCAGGGCGACGCGCUCGGGCGGUUGGAGCUGGUUACGGAACCAUCAAUAAUCCCGACCAAACACCAACACAGUCGCAAGAGGACCUUUCGCUAAGUCAAUCCGAUUACUUCCAGAAUGCGCGCGUUACCCCCAGUGGUAGCCAGUCCGACAAACCCAGAAAACCAGCCGCCAUUCGGCGCAUGUCUUCGAAACGCCCAACCCCUUAUCGCGGCCAGGAAUUCUCUGUCGAUGACGACCCAUACGAAGUCGAGCGGGACAAUGCUUUGCAACAAGCCGGCAACCCUCCCCAGCCUUCUCCAAGGAUCAAGCCUUCGACAGGGAAGAAUUCAACUUUGAGGAGGAGAACAAAUGCAGCACCUUCAUCGCUUUCUCGAAAGGCUAGCUCACCAAACGACGAGGAUGAUUUUGCGCUCCCCGAACCGGGCCCAAGCUCUUUGCCUGAAACAAGCUCUCAGGAUCGUGACGACAACGAUGACGAGGAUGCCACCAGUGAUGCAGAAAGUUUCACGCUGAGAGACCGUCAAGAAGCAAUCAACGAAACUCAUCCAUUUGGUAUCAGGAUCUGGAAGCCUGCGCUGUACAAGAAAAACCGGUCGGUCGAAAAAACAGCAGAAGGAGAUAUUCACUCUUCACCGGGUGGCCGUGUGAGCAACAUCCUCUUUUUUGUCAAUAUCAUGUGGACUUUUAUUUUCGGCUGGUGGCUUGCAGCUGCUGCCCUGCUAGCGGCUAUCGCUUGUUUUCUUUGCUUCAUAUUCUCCCCACAAGCCGGCGAUUAUGGCAAUGUCUUUCUGGGUCUGUCCCGCUAUCUUUUCUAUCCGUUCGGGUCUUUCGUUAGACUAGAAAGCAACGAGCAUUAUUCUGAAGAAGACGAAGGCGAGGGGCGGAGUAUUAGCGAGUAUGAACAGUGGCAGAGCGGUGAUCUAGAACACGGAAGACUCUUCUUCGGCCCUCUCAACACCGGAUCGCUUGUUGGUCGCCGAAGAAACAGUAUUGAUUCCGGCUUUAGUGAGCAUGACGGUCUCCUCGGCCGAACUGGGAGAGGGUUUGGCCGCGACAGCAACGCUUCCAAGCCAAAGCGACGACUAUUUGGCCGGGGAGAAUGGAGCUUGCCCAGAGUUGUUUUCUAUACCUGGUUUUACUUUUUCACCGGUCCGUUGAUGCUUUUGGUUUCCCUAGUCUGCUGGCUCCUUGUAUUUUUGAUACCGAUGGGUCGAGUCAUGAACAUCCUCGUGGAUCAUCUUCGUCGCCAUCCCUUGGCUUUGUCUUUUCACUCGGACACUACAUACACUCGACCACCGUCUGGUCCUUCCUCAUCAAUUCUCCUUUGCACCUAUCGUGCUGCCGGCACUCGUUACUGGAAAUACACCAUCGAUGGGACAAAUAUCUUUUUCAUUAAUCUCCUGAGCAUUGUUGUCUUUGCCAUCUUUGACUACUGGGUUUUAGAUGUCACCCUUGGAAUCAAGUCUUGGAUCACACAUCCGGGGUUGAUUUUUACCCUUGCCCUGUUCUCGAUCAUCCCAUUGGCCUACUUUAUCGGCCAAGCAGUGGCAUCUAUUUCAGCUCAAUCGUCCAUGGGCCUGGGUGCUGCCAUUAACGCCUUUUUCUCAACGGUUGUUGAGGUGUAUCUUUACUGCGUGGCUCUCGGCGAAGGUAAAGCCCAAUUGGUGGAGGGUAGUCUGAUCGGCAGUAUCUUUGCAGGUGUCUUGUUUCUUCCGGGACUAUCUAUGUGUUUCGGCGCAAUCAAGCGUAAAACGCAGAGAUUCAACGUCAAAUCAGCGGGCGUAACAUCUACCAUGUUGUUGUUCGCAGUCAUCGCCGCCUUUGGUCCGACCUUGUUCUAUCAGAUAUACGGCAGUCAUGAAUUGGUCUGCAAGUCAUGUGUCUACACGUCUGCUGAACGUGAUUGUCGUCGAUGUUAUUUCUCUCAAUCGGCCGCGGUAAAUGACCGGUUUUUCCAACAAGCAGUCCAGCCUUUCUGUUGGUUUGCAGCUGUCUUCUUAUUCUUGUCAUACAUCAUUGGCCUCUGGUUCACUCUCAGGACUCAUGCAGCCGUAAUUUGGACAACCGACGCAGAAGAUAAGAAAGCAGCACAAGCCGCGAGCGAAGGCUUCAUGCAAGACUCGAGGCCAGCCAAUGGUCCAAGUGCUAUCGGUGGUGAUUUUCAGCGGAAUAGCAUCCGUGACUCCCAACUGUACAAACGGAUUCUGGGUCAUUCUUUGCAGCAGGUUGGACUUGGUGAUCCAGCCGAGGUCAAUGUUGCCGCUGAUGGAUCGUCUCCUUACCUAGUACCUCCGCUGCAGGGUUCUUCCAAGGAUAAGCAUCGAUUACAUCUUAGUGGACUUACAUACGAACAGAACCAAAGCCUUGCUCGUCAGGUGGCUGAGGUUGCCGCAACUGCUGCUGCAGUAGCUGCACGCGACUCUUCGCGGUCGUACCGAAAAGCCCCUGCCAACCCGCAGGGAACCGUUCGAGCUGAAGCAUCCAAGGCAUCGGCUCGACCAGCCCAAAUUGUUGAGUUACAAGAGGAUAUCGGUGUUCCAGUGGAUGCCACACAUGCCGCCGGUGGCCACGAUGCUCCAAACUGGAGCAAACUGAAAAGUUCGGUCAUACUUCUUGGAGCCACGAUACUUUACGCAAUUAUAGCCGAAAUGCUAGUGAAUACGGUGGACGUCGUGCUGGAUAACGUAGAUAUUGAUGAGAAAUUUCUUGGAAUUACGCUGUUUGCAUUGGUCCCAAAUACAACGGAAUUUCUGAAUGCCAUUUCUUUUGCUAUGAACGGAAAUAUCGCACUUUCGAUGGAAAUCGGGUCUGCAUAUGCUCUGCAAGUUUGCUUGCUACAGAUUCCCGCCUUGGUUCUAUACAGUGCUGUUAAUGCCCACUUUGUCGACCCUGCUGACAUCGCCAGCCAUUCUUUCAAUCUCAUUUUCCCUCAAUGGGACAUGGUGACUGUGAUUCUCUGCGUCUUCCUUCUGUCAUACAUGUAUGGCGAAGGCAAAAGUAAUUACUUUAAGGGCUCCAUUCUAGUCCUUACUUACCUGGUCGUCGUGAUUGGCUUUUACCUGUCUGGCUACAAUGACCUUGAAAUCAUGGGCAUCGAUCGUUUCGAUACGUUGGCCCUGGGUGGCUCGGACAAGUUCUACACAGUUGGCCGAAGUACGAGUGGUGCCGCCUAUCCCGCUUCGGCUUAA